AUGAUAGAUAGUCUCAAUAAAUUUGGAUGGAGGCCUGUGCAUUAUGCUGUAAAAGGCGGAAAUGUUAACAUUUUACAACUUUUGAAAAACAAAGGUGUCACUCUCAAUGUAACCACAGAGAAGAAAGAAACGUUACUACAAAUUGCAUGUUUGUGUGGUAGAUACGAGAUUUGUCAACAUCUACUGUCAGUAUGCUAUGACAACCUCAAAAGCGUGGAUGAACAGGGAUGGAAUGCUGCACAUUAUGCCGCACAAGGAGGGGACAUACGCAUUCUACAACCUCUAUCAGACCACAUGCUUUCACUUAAAGAGACCACACAGGAAAAAUGUACUAUUCUCCAUAUUUCGUGCAGGAAUGCCAAAUACGAUAUGUGCAGACACAUACUUAAUGUGUGUCCUGAAAUCCUACAUGAUGUCAAUGAGUUUGGAUGGAAUGCUGCACAUUAUGCUUCACAGGGAGGUGUUGUUCGAAUUUUACAGCUUCUAACUGAAAAGGGGAUUUCCGUUAAAGCGACCAAAGAAGAUAAAUGUACCAGUCUUCAUAUUUCUUGUAGUAAUGGGAAUUAUAAAAUGUCCAAUAUUGUCGAGGUAUCCUGA